UACGGAAAAGCUACUGGGUUCGUCCGAACCCAUGAACCCCCACCUAACUCCGCCUCUGGACUCAAGCAUGCUUGAAGCCCAUAAGUAAGUGAGCCUCAAGAUGUUUUGCGAUGAAAAAAAAAGCCUUUGGGAAUGUGCUUUCUCUGAUCCAUUCAUUGUCAAAUGUAUAGAUGCUUUGUUUUCUCUGAUCAGAACAAAUAGACAAUAAUGGAGGUGCUUUUUAAAUUAAGUAAAACUGUAUUUUAUUAUAUAACUCUAUACAGAUCUGCUUUCACACACCCAACUGGCAUUGACUUAGUUUUUAAUAUCAUCAAAAACUAAUUGAUUAAAGGAUGUUUCUAUAAAUGCAAAAGAGUGGAGGAAGUAUUCAUGUAACUCUUAUACCUAAUCUAACUAGACAAUAAUAGUUAUUUCAAUGCCAUUUCCUUUUUGAAAUUCAAAGAAAUUCAUUUUUCUACUAUAGGAAAAGGAGAAGUAAUGAAGGGUGGGAGAAUUUGUCUACUCCUUCAAGAAUAAUUUUGUUUCAAUUCCUUUCCAUAUUGACUUCAUGGCAGCUUAUAGUGCUGUAAUUUCUCUUCUUUGAGCUCUUGAUGAACGAAAUAUUCCAGAGCUCGUUCAUGGUCACACUGCUGAAACGCUCGAUUCUCUUCAUGCGACAGCUGAAUAUUUUCAACAGGUCCUUGAAAAUGCUAGCAAGAGUAGAUUUGACACUGAAAAGAUCAAAUCUUUGGAGGAAAAAAUAAGAGUUGCUGUUAGUUAUGCAGAAGAUGUUGUUGAGAUGAAAAUUUCUCAAAUCAUCAAAGUCUCGAGGUGGACAUCUGGAAUUUUACAACACCGAGAUUUGCUACCAGUGGUUAAGAAAAUGGAUGUAACAAAGAAACAAGUGAUGGAGAUUGUUUCUCAUGAUGCUGAUCAACUUCUUGAAUUUUCUGGGGAUUCCUUGAUUGACACUCCUUCUACAAGCAACCCAGUGCUGUCAGAUCAGUCGGGAGAUGAUAUCGUGCAUGGAAUUGAUGAUGACUUGAAGAUAAUAAUUAAAAGAUUGAUAGGACCACUGUCGGAUCUUGACAUUGUCACAAUAUCAGGCAUGGGUGGCAUUGGCAAAACAACACUAGCUAGAAAAGCUUAUGAUCAUCUUACAGUCAGGUAUCACUUUGACAUUCUUGCUUGGGUUACAAUAUCUCAAGAAUUUCGAUAUAAAAAUGUAUUGUUAGAAGCUUUACAUUGCAUUUCAAAGCAAACUGAUAGUUUCAAUGCAAAAGAUUAUGAUAAGAUGGAUGACUCUGACUUAGCAGGCCUAUUGAAGAAAGAGUUAAUUGGUCGUAGAUAGCUUGUUGUUGUUGAUGAUAUUUGGAGUACGGAUGUUUGGGAUAGCGUAAGAGGAAUAUUUCCUGAUUUUAAAAAUAGGAGUAGAGUCUUAUUGACUACUAGGGAAACUGAGGUAGCAAUGUAUGCAAAUACUUGUAGCCCCCAUGAGAAGAGCCUUUUGAGUGCAGAAAAUGGUUGGAGGUUACUUUGUGAUAAGGUGUUUGGACCAAAAUAUGAUCAUCCUCCUGAAUUGGAAGAAAUUGGAAAGGAAAUAGUAGAAAAAUGCCAAGGACUACCUUUAACAAUUUCGGUGAUUGCGGGACAUCUCUCGAAAGUGGCCAGGGCAUUAGAAGGUUGGAAGGAUGUUGCCCGAACCUUAAGUGAAAUCAUUGCUAGUCAUCCAGAUAAAUGCUUACGAGUGCUCGGUUUGAGUUACCACCACUUGCCUUAUCACCUCAAACCAUGCUUUCUAUCCAUGAGUAGUUUCCGAGUGGAUUUUCAGGUUGAGACUUGGAGAUUGAUCCGAUUAUGGAUAGCAGAAGGUUUCAUAAGGAGUUCCGAAAAUUGUAAACGUUUGGAGGAAGUGGGAAUGGAUUAUUUGGAGGACCUAAUUAGCCGGAACUUGAUAAUGGUCAGAAAAAGGAGGUUGAAUGGUGAGAUAAAAACAUGUGGAAUACAUGAACUUACCCUACUCUUCCAACACAAAUGCAUAAUGUUUUUCGCUUCAGUUUUCAAACCGAAUCUUAUUCAGUCAAUGACUAUUAUAAGCUAUUACCCCCUGUUGCCAGAUCUAUCUACUUAUUUUCUUGAUUGAAUCUACCUCUUGAACCCCGUAUUAAGUUUUUCAGGAGAUUUCCCAUUUACCGUUGUGAUCCUAUAAUACAUGAUUUUUUCUCUCGUUUCAAACUUAUCAGGGUAUUGGCCAUCUUCAAUGAAGAUAUAAUGUUCAAGUCAUUUCCACUUGUUAUUAAAAAGUUGUUUCAUUUGAGAUAUCUCCAAGUUCGAUUUCAUGGAGAUAUUCCUGAAUCAAUCUCAAAGCUUCAGAAUUUGCAAACUCUAAUUUGUGGUAGUUAUCCUUACAAUAUAACUUUACCUAGGAAGAUUUGGAUGAUGAAGAACUUGAGAUGUAUACGUCUGGAGGGACCUUCUAAUUUACCGAGUCCUAGAGCAGAAAGUCUUGUGACAGGGUUGCCAAAUCUAGAGGAAUUUUCUAUUCUUUGUUACAAUAGUUGUACAAAUGAAGUCUUUUCUGGCAUUCCCAAUUUAAAGAGAUUGAUCAUUCAAGCACCUUUCAACAUAGAAGAGUUUACUCAUCGGCUAUUGGAUAUGUCCAGAUUGACAAAACUCGAAGCAUUCAAGUUGUACGAGUCACCUUUUUUGGGAGACUCCAUCAAGAGAUUUGGUUUUCCAACAUCACUUAGGAGGUUGUCUUUAACUCGGUGUUGUUAUUUUUAUUGGGCAGACAUAACAUCAACUCUUAUCAUGUUGCCAAAUCUUGAAGAGUUCAAACUUAAACGUUCUCGAUCCUUGAGUCAUGAAUGGAUACUGAGUGAUAAAGACGAAUUCAAAAGCUUGAAGUUAUUGUUACUGAGUGGUGGAGGACUUUCGCGUUGGGAAGCUAGCAAUGAUAACUUCCCAAAUCUCAAACGCCUUGUUCUGAAGAAUUGCUGGUUCCUGCAAGAAAUUCCAGCAGAUUUUGGCGAAAUUUGUACUUUGGAAUCAAUUGAGUUACAUGAUUGCAGCACUACCGCUGAUGAUUCUGCAAGAAAGAUUGUACAAGAACAAGAGGACAUGGGAAAUAAUAUCCUUAAUGUCUACAUCCAUAAAAGUCGCAGGAAUUGAACCUUAUUUCGAGGGACCAUCUAAUGUCAUCUUCCAAAUGCAGAACCUUUUAGUUUAUAUUUUGAAAAGUCAAAUCAUAAUUCGGUUUUAUGUUCUUAUCGGUUGGAUAAAUUCAUGUUUUAGGAAUAAGCAUGUUUAAUACAUAUAUAU